AUGGCAUGAAAAAAAACUGAAAUACAUCAUAUCAAAACUUUAUAAAAAAUGCUUAACAUGUUUAACCCUGUACUCCGGGUUCUGAGGUUCUGGAGAUCUUGGAUCUCUGUAAUAGCUCCUGUUGUUCUAACAGCUAUACCAUUAACUGCAGAUCCUGAAAAUGAAAAGGCUAUGUGGUGUGCCUACAAUAUUCUGGUGUGUGCAGUAUAUUGGAUUUGUGAAUGUACCCCCCUGGCAAUUACAUCUUUACUACCUGUGGUUUUACUACCCUUGACUGGUGUAGCCAGUACCAAUGCUGUUUGUAUCAACUAUUUAAAGGGAACUAACAUGAUGUUCCUGGCUGGUCUAGUAAUGGCAAUAGCUGUUGAACACUGUGGUCUUCAUGUUAGGAUUGCACUAAAUAUAAUUCAAGGUGUGGGGACUAGUAAACGAAUGCUCAUGCUAGGUUUCAUGAUCUGUGCAAUGUUCUUGUCAAUGUGGAUUUCUAACACUGCUGCUACGGCUAUGAUGGUUCCAAUUGUAGAUGCUAUUGACAAGGCGAUCAAUUCGGAUCAGAAUGGAAAUGAAACUGAUGAACAUAAAGAUAUUGAGACAACUGUCAAAAAACCCCGGGAUUCAAAGUCAAGAAACUUUCUUCUUUUAGCAUGUGCAUACGCUUCAAACAUCGGAGGAACAGGGGUUAUAACUGGAUCUCCACCUAACCUUGUUGUCUUGUCUACUCUCAACAAAGAAUUUGGAACCGGGAAGGCCCCACUCAGUUAUGCAACUUGGAUGGCCUUCAAUGUUCCUUUAAUGCUGGUCAACACACUUGCAGCUUGGUGCCUUCUUAUUGCAAUGGAGGCCUAUGCUACCCGGGGAAGUCCUAAACCAACAAGAGAAGGAGAACUCAAGGUCAAGAAUAUCCUGGCGGGGAAGAAAAGAGAAUUGGGGAAAAUGUCUCUUCAUGAAAUUCAGGUUUUAAUUCUUUUUAUCCUGUUGGUCAUUCUCUGGUUCUUCCAAGAUCCAGUUUUUAUUACAGGCUGGGCAAGCUUCUUUACUAAGGCAACUGUUGGCAGCGCUACCCCUGCAGUUUUGAUUGUCUGGAUGUUAUUUCUUCUUCCUAAAAAUGUUUCUAGUACACAACCCUCAGAAGCAUUGUUAGAUUGGCAUACAGUUGAGAAACGGUUACCCUGGGGAGUAAUAUUACUAUUAGGAGGAGGGUUUGCUCUAGCAGAUGCUACAGCCAGUUCUGGACUAUCCAACUACCUGGCGAGCAAGCUCAUUAGUUUACAAUACCUGGAAACCUGGCAAAUCAAUCUUAUUAUAUCAUGCGCAACAACUUUUGUAACCGAGAUGUCGCUGUCGUUAUGUCAGAAUCCCAUUUAUCUGAUGAUGACAGCAGCUGUCUGCUGUAGUUAUGCUUUCAUGCUUCCUGUUGCUACAGCACCUAAUGCUAUUGUGUUUAGCCACAGCACAAUGAAGACUUCAGAUAUGAUGAAAGCUGGAUUUCUUCUCAACAUUAUUUGUAUUAUCACUACAAACUUUGCAAUAAACACGUGGGGAGUUCCCUUGUUUGGAUUGUCAGAGUUUCCAGCUUGGGCCGGACCAUCAGCGCCAUCUUGUAAUAUUACUUCCGGGUUGGACUUAUCUACUACAAUCCCAGGAGCUCUUUAAAAAUUCAAAUUCAACGAUGUUCCGAAAAAAACUAAAUUAAAUUCAUUUUAUCUUGAAAACAUUAUCUGUUAUUUUAUUUAUUUAUUUUGUAUAUUUUAAACUUUUACGAUGUACACUUACACCCUGAGUGAUCUGUUUAUAUUUCAAUGCAAUUGAUGACGAAAUUAUACUUUUGCAUGCAAACAAAGAUUAAGGAAAGCUGUUGAAGGAUCUAUGGAAUCUUUGUAAGAUGUGCUCCUCCAUAUAUACAGAGUGCCCCACGAAACAUGACAGUUGGUUAAUAGUUUUUAAUGUCUUCUUCCAUAAUGUUUUAAGUUGUUUGAUACCAAAAAC